AUGCCGGGGAAAGGAGGAGGGGAAGGAGGAAAAGGAGGAGCAUUGGUCUACCUUGCUGAAUCAAACUGGCUCUGGGACUGAGCUCGUGAGGAAGUAGGAGUUGGGAGAACUUUUAUUUUUGUCUGUAGAGUGAUCUCCAUGACAUUUAUCAGGGGCCUUAAAGAGAGGAUUCCAGGAACCCUGUCAUGUUCAAGGCAGUGCUGAAGAAGAAUAGAGAUGGAGGCAAAGGGAGCAAGAAGGAUUCAGGUGAUGUUAGCAGCCUUGGUGCUCAGAGGAGAUUCCAACCUGAGGUAAACCCACCGCCUCAGGGGCCUGGCAGUAGUCAUCCUUAUGCACAAGAGGAUUUAUCAAAGCUAGGAUUAUCCAAGGGAGUGUCGAUGUCUCUUCCUUCCUCACCUCUCCUGCCACGACAGUCCUACAUGUUGCCCUUACGUCAAAACAAGAGAUCUCCAGGUCCGAUCAGGAAACCUAAAUAUGUAGAGAGCCCUCGCUUACCUUCUGAUGCCAUCAUGUCAGCGUUCAGACAGGUGGAUAAUAACAAGGAUUCCUCCCGCAAUGAGCUGCAAGCAGAGCAACAGCCAGGCUCCUCCUCUCCUGCCACUCAGGAACUGAUGACAAGGCUGGGCUUUUUACUGGGAGAAGGGAUCCCUGGUACGGCACGCAUACCUAUGGAUGACAAGAAUGAAAAGAAGUGCGCUUUGACCAGCCAGGGAAUUAGUCCCUGCUCCACCCUGACCAGCAGCACGGCGUCUCCCAGCACAGACAGUCCAUGCUCCACUUUAAACAGCACGACGAGUCGUCCCCCACUCAGCCGCUCCAGCCCCUGUGGGACCAUCACCAGCCCCAGCUCCACUCUUGAGAGCAAGGACAGUGGAAUCAUAGCCACCAUCACUAGUUCCUCCGAGAAUGACGACCGCAGUGGCUCCAGCCUCGAGUGGAGUAAAGAUGGCAGCCUGAGGAGCACCGGGUGCCAUGGAUUGGCUCAGAGCAUACGGGCUGACACCUGCUCUCCCGUGGUUGAAGAAGAGUCCAGCAGUGCCACGGCAACACCAGCCGACACGCAGUCGAAGACAGACCAACAGCAGGAGCCCCACACAUCAGCAGGAGCACAGGCGACACAGCGGCCUUUAGGUCACACAUCGGACGGGCUGAAUCAAUAUCCACCGCAGACGUCUUCUUCAUUAAUGAUGCCAAGGCCCAACUCUGUCGCUGCAACCAGCUCCACGAAGCUAGAGGACCUGAGCUUCCUUGAUGAACAGCGCAACACACCCCUGCGGACAUCUAUUCGCCUGCCUUGGCACAACACAGGAGGGAGGCCCCCGCAGGAUACUAAAGGACGCUUUGCUCCCUACAAGCCUUCAGACAUCAUGCUGAAGCCUCUGCUGUUCGAGGUACCCAGCAUCACUACCGACUCUGUGUUUGUUGGCCGAGACUGGCUCUUUCAGCAGCUGGAGGAUCUCCUAAAGGCCGGCGAGGACAAUGAAAAGCAUGGAGUGGUGGUGGUGGGUAGCGUCGGGUAUGGGAAGACGGCCAUUAUCUCCCGGCUAGUAGCGCUGAGCUGUCAUGGAGGACGUAUGCGCCAGAUCGCCUCCAACAGUCCCAGUGCCUCCCCUAAAACAUGUAUGGGACAAGAACUCCCCCUCAGCCAGCCCCCACAGCCCAGCCCUCCAUCCAGUGCCACCAACACACUGAGCAACAGCUGUCCAGGAACUCCUGAGACGCAACGGCGCCGCGAGGAGGCUGUCAAACGUCUGGCUACAAAGGUUGUUGCGUAUCAUUAUUGCCAAGCCGAUAACACCUACACUUGCUUGGUACCAGAGUUUGUACACAGUAUUUCAGCCUUACUGUGCAGAGCCCAUCAGCUCACCGCUUAUCGAGAGCUGCUGCUGAGAGAGCCACACCUUCAGAGCAUGCUCAGCCUGCGCUCCUGCGUCCAAGACCCCAUGGCUGCUUUCCGAAGAGGGGUCCUAGAACCACUGGCCAACCUUCGUAAUGAGAAGAAAAUUUCAGGGGAGGACCAUCUCAUUUUGAUCGAUGGACUUAAUGAAGCAGAGUUUCAUAAGCCUGACUAUGGAGACACCAUUGCAUCAUUCAUCACUAAGAUCAUUCCUAAGUUCCCCCCCUGGCUGAAGCUGGUGGUGACUGUCCGGGUCAACUUAAUGGAGAUCACCAGCCUUCUACCCUUCUCUAAAAUCUCACUGGAUGAUUUUACGGACAACAAAGAGAUCGCCAAUGACCUCAAUUGCUACAUCCAGUACAGGAUCAAUAGCAGCAAGGAUAUAAUGAACAACAUGAGCCUGAAUGGCAAAGCGGAUCCCGGCACUAUAACCAAGCUCAGCAGCCACCUGAUCUCCCGCAGCCAGGGUUCCUACCUGUAUCUCAAACUCACUCUGGAUCUCUUUGAGAAGGGCCACCUUGUAAUUAAAAGUGCCAGCUACAAAGUAGUGCCUGUGUCACUGGCUGAACUUUACCAGCUGCAGUGCAACAUGAAGUUCAUGACCAACUCGGCCUUUGAGCGCUCUCUGCCUAUCCUGAAUGUCGCUCUUGCGUCUCUGCACCCCAUGACUGAUGAGCAGUUGUUUCAGGCCAUCAACUCUGGCCACAUCCGAGGGGAGCUGCAGUGGGAGGACUUCCAACAGCGCAUGGAGCUGCUCUCCUGCUUUCUCAUCAAACGGCGAGACAAAACGCGCAUGUUCUGCCACCCUUCCUUCAGAGAGUGGCUGGUGUGGAGAGCUGAUGGAGAGAGCACAGAUUUCCUCUGUGACCCCAGGACUGGCCACGCCCUCAUGGCCUUUAUGCUGUCCCGCCAAGAGGGGAAACUGAAUCGUCAGCAGACAAUGGAGCUGGGACAUCACAUCCUGAAAGCACACAUCUUCAAGGGUCUGAGUAAGAAAACAGGCGUGCCAUCCAGCGUGCUUCAAGCCCUGUGGAUCAGCUGCAGUGCUGAUGGUCUUUCAGCAGCCUUGGCUUCCCUGAGGAACCUCUACACACCAAAUGUCAAGGUCAGUCGCCUCCUGAUGCUCGGAGGGGCAAACGUGAACUACCGGACUGAAGUCCUGAACAAUGCGCCAGUGCUUUGCGUCCAGUGCCACCUCGGUCACCAUGAGAUUGCAUCGCUCCUGCUGGAGUUUGGUGCCAGCGUUGAUGUGGUGUCAGAAAAUGGGAUGAGCCCGCUGUGCUUCUCAGCCGCUGGUGGACACCUAGGUCUAGUCGUACUACUUUGUAAGAGGGGGGCCAAGGUGAAUCAUGUAGAUAAGAGCGGCCAGUGUGCUCUGGUCCACGCCGCGUUACGUGGACACAUCGAGAUCAUCCAGUACUUGUUGGAGCUUGAAUGGAGUGUUGAAGGGCAGCAGCAGGACUGCUCUCUGAAGAACAAAGCUCUGCAGCAGGCUUUGAUCGCAGCCUCGAGCAUGGGACACACACAGGUUGUGAGAGCCCUGCUGGCGCUGAAAAAUGAGCAUGCUGUGCAAAUUGAUAGUCAUGACACUCUGUGGGGCGAGACUGCGCUGACAGCUGCUGCAGGCCGGGGGAAGAUGGAGGUGAGCAGCUUCCUGCUGGAGCUGGGGGCGGUGGUGCAGCAGGUGAAUCGACGGGGGGUGUCUCCCUUGUUCUGUGCCGUCAGGCAGGGACACUGGCAGAUUGCAGAGCUGCUGCUGCAACAUGGUGCUGACAUCAACAUCAGUGACAAGCAGGGCAGAACGCUGCUCAUGGUGGCUGCCUGCGAGGGUCACCUGAGUACGGUAGAGUUUCUGCUGUCUAAAGGUGCUUCUUUAACUUCGAUGGACAAAGAGGGACUGAUGCCUCUGAGUUGGGCAUGUUUGAAAGGACAUAAGAAUGUGGUGCAGUUUUUGGUGGAGAAAGGUGCGAUAAUCGACCACACGGACAAAAACGGUCGAACGCCGCUGGACCUCGCUGCCUUCUAUGGAGAUGCUGAGAUCGUCCAGUACUUGGUGGAAAGAGGAGCAGUGAUUGAGCAUGUGGACCACAGUGGGAUGAGACCUCUGGACCGGGCCAUUGGGUGCAGGAACACUUCGGUGGUGGUGACUCUGUUAAAGAAAGGGGCCAAGCUCGGCUACAGAACAUCUCCUUACGAUCGAUCAGGGAAUGCUGCCUGGGCCAUGGCUACUUCCAAGCCUGAUAUCCUCAUCAUUCUCCUGCAGAAGUUGAUGGAGGAGGGAAAUCUGCUAUACAAGAAAGGGAAGAUGAAAGAGGCGGCCCAGAGGUACCAGUACGCCCUCAGGAAGUUUCCUCGGGAAGGCUUUGGCGAUGACCUGAAGGCUUUUAAAGACCUACGGGUCUCUCUGUAUCUCAAUCUCUCCCGGUGUCGCAGAAAAACCAACGAUUUUGGGAUGGCUGAGGAAUUUGCAACAAAAGCUCUGGAGCUGAAACCCAAAUCCUACGAGGCAUACUAUGCCCGAGCCAGAGCUAAAAGAAGCAGCAGACAGUUCACUGCAGCCCUGGCUGACCUGCAUGAAGCAGCCAAGCUGUGUCCCAAUAACAGAGAGAUCCGUCGCCUCUUGGCUCGAGUUGAAGAGGAGUGUAAACAGAUGCAGAGAGUUCAGACUAAAGGAAGCGUAGCUGGAGCUGCUGCUGCUUGCAGCCAGGCGUCAGGAGGCCAUGAUUCUGAUCCAGAGCAGGAUGAAAGCCAUGUCAACCCCUCAGAGCACAGGCUGGCAAGGACCUUGGAAGCCCAGAGAGACAUUCUAGAGGAGGAAGAAGAAGAGGAGGAGGAUGACGACGAUGAAGAACCAGUGGCCUUGAAGCGUGACAGGACAGGUGAAGCCUGCUGGUCCCAGAACAGUUUUUCUGUCAACAGAGAAUCCAACGCUGUUAACAACUUUGUAACUCCCAUCUCACCUCCAGGCUCCAACAGACCUCCUCUCUACCGAUACCCUCGAGAGCAGCGGGAGGCACUAGCCCAGCAAGCCUUGGUCCUGCAGCCCACCAAGCAGGCCCAGAUAGUAAAGACCAAUCAGCACAUGAGUUCCAUGCAAGCUGCAGGGGGCCGCUCUGUCGGGGCCAAAUCUCAGUACGCGCCCUCCAGCCCUUUGCCAAGCCGACACAUGUCCAGCAAGCUGAAGCCAGGCCCAGGCAUUGACAUAAGCCCCCUGCCCACUCCAGCCGAUGAGCCAGUAUACGAGAACCGCAUGUUGUUGGGGGCUGCUUCCUCUGCCAUGGGUCAGAGUUGUGACAGUGAGAGCCUCUUUUCUUCCCAGGCCUCUUACUUAUCUUGCAGCUCCUCAAAAGCUCUGGGGCCAGAAAGACUGUCUGCCCACUCUGCUUCGUCUCUGGAGGGGCUGGGGUGCUCUGGUCCGGGAAACCAGGGGAACCUGGACCCUGCUGCAGCUGGGCCUCAGGGAAGCAUGCGUGUGUCCAGCUCCACCAGCAGCCUGGCAUCCAGCAGCAGCUUGUCAGACAGCGGCAAACUUGGACCUGACGUCCGCAGCAAGAUCUCAGACAAAAAGCACAGCCAACAGGGCGGCGCCACGUCGGAGUACAAACCCAGACCCUUCAUGGGCAUAACUGACAAAACGGCCCGAUUUCAGCAGCAGCAGUGUCAUCCUAGCCUUCAGUCUGUCGGUCGCAGCUGGUUUAACCACUCUGCUGAUGGCUUAUUGUGUCACAACACAUCAGCUAUAGGUCUGCCGCGAGGUGACAGCGAGCUGUCUUAUGGCAAGACGGUGAGCACUUACCAGGAGCAGCACAAGGCUCCGCUGCCAAAGGGUGGCGCGGCGAUGAGUGGAAUACACAACGGCAUGGUUGCCAAGGAAUUUGCGGAGAAGUUCUGCCAAGCGGCCAACUGCUACAAGGAGUCCAAGCCAGCGCUGGCCAUGCCGCACACUUUCAUAGACAGUAAGCCCAAGCAGCUCGGACUGGGUCGAGAUAAUCCUGCCAUUCACGUAGCUUCAAUGAAACCAAAGCGAUCUUUUAUAGAGUCCAAUGUGUAAAAAUUUUUUCUCUCUUUACUGUUUAAGAUGCACACAAUUAAAAAUCAUUCAUUAGAGGAACAGAUUUUUUUUUUCACAGGAUCUUUUAAGAAGUUCUGGUUAUCUGGCUGCUUGUGAACAAAAACAGGCAGAUCAGAGUUUUAUCCCUCUCAGUCUGCAACUUCUGUUACACGACAGCACGCUCGCCGUUAUUUAGCCAAGCUGGUAUGGUUGCACUGAAGGAGAUCUGCAGACCUGUCAUACAAUCCUGAUCAAAGCAGCAAUGACCGUGAACGCUUUACACACAGUUAGGCCAAACAAGUGCUUCGACAACACAUGCAGUGAGAGAAAUGUUAAUACUGAACCAUUUUAAAUAAAGGUUUGAACUAUGUCCAUCACGUCUAUGGUGCUGAUUGACGGGUUUCGAGGAGUUCCUGGCAGAUUCACUUUCCCCACACUUUGUACACUUUGUUUCAUAAAGUACACUUUAACAAUUUUCUAGACAUCCUGUUUGUUUAAAGGGUCUUUUAAGUUUAGGUUUAAUGUUUUAAAUUGGUCAUGAUAAAUUAGACAUUACAUUUGGUUCAUCCUACCGGGUUUGACCCUUUCAGGCCUUCUUAGCCUUGGGUCCUGCAGUAGAAAUAAGACUGAUUACAGAAUAGCCAUGGAAAAAAAACGAAAAACAUCUCAGUAAAAUUGCCAUUUCUCUUCGACUGUUUUGUUUUUACACAAACUGUGUGAAACGACUGUUUAGGUUAGCGGUUUGUCGUCGAAAACCAUCAUGAUAUAAGUUAUUUAAGUAGCAAAUUAAAGUAACCACGAGGAAUGUCUUUAUGUAGUUAAUGGAAAUUAAACCUCCACAUUCCUGCCAUAUUUUAUCUGCAGGAUUUCAAAUCCUAGACAGAUGUCUUAGGUUUUAUGUGCAGAGGAAGUAAAUAUUCUGUAUAAUUGAUUUUAAAUUAUUUGAAAGAGUUUUAUAUUUCUUAGCAUUUCUGUAGAGCUAAGAGGGGCUUUAGUUUCACUUCACCAUGUAACUGCCGUAAAAGAAUCAAAAGUUAUGGUUAAAUAAGUAAAAUGUCCCUUUAGCCUUCAUUUUUUGGGAUAUUUUUCAGUCUAUUUCCAAAAUGUUCUGAACCUGUUCAGUUGAGCCUAAAGAAUAAAAAUGAACCCUAGUACACUUUGUGAUAAAAGUGAUUCAGUCAGAGUUCUUCAAGAAGUGUCUGAAAGAUCAACUAAGGGAUGGGCAUUCCUGUGACUUACGAAGGAUGUUAUAGAUCCUCAUGUGUAUAUUAUAUAAAUAUUUACUGUUUAUUCUUUUCCGUGAAGGUCUAUGUUAAGUGUAUUGACAAGUUCAGACUUGUGUAUUUUGACUUUUUUGGCACAAUGUUGUUGAAAUGGUGUUAAAUAUUUGUACAUUGCUUAAGCCACCAUUAACACUGAAUCCUUUCUGUAUCUGCUCGUCGUUGCUGUCUAGUUAAUUUAUUUACAUUGCCAAUGGCUUGGUUAAUUGUACAAGCAAUAUAUUUUAUAUAGUUAUUUUUGCACAGCUACAUUUUAUGACUCAGCAAUGAGAAUUCAGCGCAUGCUACAAUUGCAGUUUAUAUCAAAGAGUAAAACAGAAUUGGUUUGGGGGCUCGGCACCAUCAGCUUUAUUUUAUGCUGUACGUUUAAUGCAGUUGUUGUCAUGUUAUCAGUAUUGUGAGCUUUAUUAGCUGUGAUCACAUACUGUCCUGAACAUUACUGCCACCAUGGAGAGCAAAAUAAAGACCAGCUAAGGAAAAACA